AGUUUACUUAUUUCAGUUAAUAGCAGAUCCAAAUCCUACCUAUUACAUAUAGGUUGACAUCAUUGACAUUGAUUGCUGGUAAUUUUCUUCUCCUCUUGAGUCUGCUCUGGCAGUGAAAUGCCUUCUCGUUACUGAUCGGUUAUCCAGGGAAGCUUUGUGUCUUGCAAGAGCUACCUGCUUAUACUGGCUGGCAUAUUGCUUUCACUCUAAGAAGUUCACUUUUGAUCAGCUUAAUUAUUCACUGUACAUUACAGAAUUGACCAUCCGAAGUUUCGAAUAUCAUACAUAGACUGCAUUUUCCCAACCUGCACACUUUGAACGGGACCUCCAUUUCUAAAAGGCAGCAUACUACCCCACCACAACCAUGCGAACUCGAGUUCGAGCACCUGCAGGAGCUUUCACCAUCACCCUCCCGGACGAUGCAACAAUCGGAGACUUAAUAUCCCAAAUCACAGAGAAAACCUCCAUUUCUCGAUUCGACACAAAGUAUGGAUAUCCCCCGAAACCGCUAUCGUUGCAAGAAAGCGAUAACUUAUUACCAUUGAGCAAGCUGGGCGUGAAGCUGGAUGGUGAACAGCUUACGAUUAGCCAAAAGGAUGAUGCGCCCGUAGAUAGAGGAAACAGACAGGCAGGUACACAGGGUGUUUCCUCGGUGCAAAUACCGGGGCAGGGUUCGGACGGAGCUGCUCCAAAAUCCAGUGAAAGCAAACUUGUCGCACUGAAGAGGCAAGGCAUGGAGGGAGACGUCCCGGAGUUAAUAAUGCCAGGUAGAGGCACUACUGUUGUUCUUCGAGUAAUGCCGGACGAUAACAGCUGCCUCUUCCGAGCAUUUGGCACAGCAGUUCUUCCAGGAGACGACCAAAGCAUGACAGAGCUUCGAUCCAUCAUAGCCACAGCUAUCCAGUCAGAACCGGAAACAUACUCCAAGGUCGUUCUAGAACAGGAGCCGGAUGAUUAUUGCAGAUGGAUACAGACUCUUGAUGCAUGGGGAGGAGCUAUUGAGAUGGGGAUACUAGCGAAUUACUUUGGAGUUGAGGUCUGCAGUAUUGACGUUCAGUCUCUAAGGAUAGAUAGAUUCAACGAAGAUGCUCUGACACGAUGUAUACUCGUGUACUCUGGUAUCCACUACGAUACCAUUGCUGAGAGUCCGAUGACAACAGAUCCAGAGUUCGAUACAAAGGUAUGGGGGACAGACGACGAUGAGAUCCUACAAGGGGCUUUGGAACUGUGCAAGAAGCUACAAGCAAAGCAUUACUUUACAGAUACUGGUGGGAUGGCAAUCAAGUGUAACAAGUGUGGUGCCAUCGUCUACGGGGAAGGCCAGGCGAGUGGGCAUGCCCAACAAUUUGGACAUUAUGAUAUGGCUGAGUUACCGACUUGAAAAUAUCCAUGUUAACAAGGCAGCUGCUGAAUGACGCCUUCCCCCGUUGUGUUAUGGUAUACAUGGUCUACGAAAUCUGGGCUGGGUCUAGAACAGCACGACAAAGCAACAUAGUACGAGACAUUAGAGGGAUCUCAUUUUCCCCGAAGCAAAGAGUAGUCGCCCUCCUUUUCAUUGCACAAUUCAUCACCGACGUCCAUGCAUUCCAUAGAGCAGCAUGCGCUCCAGUGGUACUCCCUUUAUUGCAUAGCAUUAGCCGUGAUGCAAUUUUUAUUUUUAUUUUUUUUAUAUAUAUUCUCCGUAGAGUGACGGUCAGUCUGUUACUGAGUUGCUUACGGUACCUAGGUAGUCAAAGUGCCUGCAGAGUCUGGAAAGUUACCCACAUCUAUCCGUGUUUGUUGUUUCUCCGUCGCUUAUUAUUCUCAAGGUCA